AUGGCAACCGACAGAGCUGAAACUCACCCUGACCCCGAAACUGAGAGAGAAAGGCCAACCGUCGACACCGAGCGUGGCGAAGAGAAGGCACAAUCCGAUGCGACAAAGCUUGAGUUCGACGCAGCCCCAGACGGUGGCUUUGAAGCCUGGCUCGUGACGCUCGGCGCAGCUUUCAUCCUGUUUUCCGCCCUGGGAUUUGCCAAUGCAUUCGGCGUCUUCCAGGAGUACUAUAUGACACAUCAGCUCCGGGGCCAAUCCCCAGACGACAUAGCCUGGAUCGGAUCACUUGCGGCAUUCCUCCAAUUUGCUGUAGGAGUCGUCGCAGGACCAACUUUCGAUCGAUUUGGCAGCUGGCUACUCCGACCUGCCACCUUGCUGUACGUCUUCGCCUUGAUGAUGGUCAGCCUGUGCGACGAGUACUGGCAAUUUAUGCUCGCCCAGGGUGUGCUGAUUGGUGCUGCCCUGGGUCUCUUGACGUUUCCAGCCUUAGGAGCUAUGUCCCAGUACUUCGACAAGAAGCGAGGAGCUGCAUUCGGACUGGCCAUAUCUGGAUCGUCAAUUGGCGGCGUCGUCAUCCCAAUUGCUCUGUCCAAGAUGCUCAACAGCUCCUCAUUGGGAUUUGGCUGGACGGUGCGAAUCCUUGGAUUUGUCAUGUUGCCACUUUUGGCUUUCUCGUGCGUUGUUGUCAAGCCACGCUUGCCACCAAGGACGACCAAUUUCUUCAUAUGGAGGGCGUUCAAAGAGACCAGUUUCCUCCUUUUGAUUGGCUCGCUCUUUUUCAUGUUUAUAGGCAUGUGGACGCCGCUGUUUUAUCUGCCAGCAUAUGCAGUUUCAAAAGGCAUGGACGCAACACUUGCGUCGUACCUACUUGCCAUUCUCAACGCAGCGUCCACUUUUGGCCGAAUCAUUCCUGGUAUUCUGGCAGACAAAUUUGGACGGCUGAACGUGUUCGCCGUGGGCGGCCUAGCCACCGGCAUGAUCAUAUUCUGUUUGACCACGGCAACCAGCACUGCAGCACUGGUGGUCUACGCCAUUUUCUUCGGGUUUGCGUCCGGCACCAUUAUCUCGGGAGCCUCAGCCGCUUUCACGCUCUGUGCAAGCAAACCACAAGACGCCGGAACCUAUAUGGGCCAGGGUAUGGCUGUAGGAUCCAUUGCUUCUUUGAUAGGCCCACCGGUCAAUGGUGUGCUCGUGAAGCACUACGGAGGAUAUUGGGAAGUCUCCGUUUUCAGCGGCGUCAUGUGUCUGGUCGGUGGUUGUAUUGCUUUCGCUAGCAAAGCUGCGACUCCAAAAGGAAUUUUGGGAAGGACAUGA